AUGGCUGGGCGCUUUCAGAUUCCGCUGGACGCUUUGACGUCGCGCCUUAACCUCCAAGGUCGCUUUGACAGCGUCCGAUCUCAACCGAUUGCUUCUCGAUUCGCCAACCUCAGGCCAGUGUCGGAGUUUCUGGACCUGAAGCGUCUCUCGAAGCCGGCAAACUUUGGCGAAGUGCAAAGCCGUGUCAAUUACAAUUUGGGUUACUUCUCCAGUAACUAUGCGGUUGUCUUUGUGAUGCUGAGCAUUUACAGCCUCAUCACGAACCUUUUGCUCCUUUUUGUGAUACUUUUUGUUGCUGGUGGUCUCUAUGGCAUUCGUAUGCUCAAUGGACGUGACCUUGAUGUUGGUUUCGCCAGAGCCACCACUUCGCAGCUCUACACUGGACUCCUUGUCGUCGCGGUGCCUCUGGGCAUUUUCGCUUCCCCGAUCACCACAAUUCUGUGGCUCAUCGGCGCAACUGGCGUGAGCAUUGUUGGUCACGCCUCGCUCAUGGACAGACCAGUCGAGACUGCUUUUUCCGAGGAGGCGGUCUAG